UAUACCUAUGAAAAGGUAAUAUUACCAACUUUAAUACCACAUUAAAAAAAAAUUGUUUUUUCUUAGUCUUGUACAUUUUAUUUGCUUUUGAAGUUUAAAAAACAAAAAACCGAAUAUUAAUGAGAUCCACUGUACGUGCAUUAUUGCACGCUCACACUAAAACAUUAUUACACACACUACAACAUAACCACGUGCAUAAGUACCCUCGCACACUUGAACAUUAUUACACUCAAGCCAAUAAAUAUUUUGUGAAUUUUAAUAAAAAAGAAAAGUCCCUCUGCCAUAUAAAUGCAUUUAUCAGAAGAAACUCAGUUGGUUUAUUAAUUAACAAUCUCGCUCUAUAAAAUCACACUCCGUCGCAGUUGCAAAAGGUUCAACAGCGGGCACUUUCAGUUUAGGGUUCGCAGGUUCACAUCAUAAGUUAUCCGUCGCAGUUGCAAAAGUUGCAAAAGCGUGCACUUUCAGUUUAGUGUUCGCAGGUUCACAUCACAAGUUUAUCCGUCGCAGUUGCAACAGCGGACACUUACAGUUUAGUGUUCGCAGGUUCACAUCACAAGUUUAUCCGUCGCAGUUGCAACAGCGGGCACUUACAGUUUAGUGUUCGCAGGUUCACAUCACAACAUUAAUAACCAUCUUGAACAGGAAAAACACCAAUUUAACUUAAUCACACUUAUUUCGAACAAUACACACGCCAUAGACUAUAGUUUAAGCAAUUAUUAUAGGCUUGCCCACAUCAAGAGUGAUAAGGCCAGUUUCGAACACCACCAAAGUGUAGGAAACAAGAUGUACAAGUGCCGCAUGUGCCACAAAGGUCAUCCUUUGCGCGUAUGCGCUAAAUUCAUCAAGCUGAGCAUCCUGGAACGCCGUCGCGCCGCACGAAGAAUGGGCUACUGCUCAAAUUGCCUGGCCACCACACAUCGCGUGCAUCAAUGCGAUUCCAAAGAGGAGUGUCACAAGUGUGGAGACCUGCAUCACACUUUGCUGCACCACGGCUACACCACCACGGAAGCUCCAGAAGCAUCAAAGAAGGAAGGACAUCAACCGCGCAGCCCACGAAAGGACAGCUCUUCACCAAGCAUCAACCGACCCGUUCGAGCGAGUCGUUCCAAAACAAGGAACACUUCCGAACGCCGCCCUCCGAGACGCAGUAUCUCACCAUCUCAGACGCUUCACCAGCUGCAGGAAGCCAUCAAAAGCCUAACCAAGCUUAAAACCGCCAUCCGGCAGGGGGGCGGCAUUAAAAACCAAAACUGGGGACUCGACCUUUACAAGAGUUUCCGGGCACUUCGAAUAAAACCUGUGGAACCGAGCGUUGUCCUCGGCAUCCUCAUCAUCGUCAGCAUCAUCGAAGUCAUCAACGACAUCCUUACCGUCAGCAUCAGCAUCGACAUCCCCUCUUCACCCAUCACCGCAGGCAGCAGUUUCUACGAGCUGAGCCGGCAAUUCGUCAACUCCAAUCAUCCACACAAGGCCACAGCAAGCAAGCUCCGCUACUUAGCUGUCACCUUUUCACUGCCAUAUAACUGA